AUGACAACCUGGAUCCCACGGUCCCAUAACGAUUACACGGUCGGAUGGAUAUACUCCGUACCAAUGGAGAUGCGAGCUGCGCAGCUGGUACCACACGAAAUACAUCCACCCUUGCCCCAAUCCCCGACGGAUCAAAACACCUACGUGCUUGGAAGUAUCGCAGGACAUAGCAUUGCUAUCGCGUUUCCGCGGAUCGGUCGAUAUGAUCUGAGAACAUCUACAGAGGUUGCCAGAGACCUGAUGAGUAGCUUUCCCUCCGUCCAGUUUAUUUUAUUCGUCGGCAUCGGUGGAGGAAUACCAAGCAGUGAUCGAGAUAUUCGACUUGGCGAUGUUGUAAUCGCUGAGCCAUCAGAAUGGCUUGGAGGCGUGAUCCAGUACGAUCUUGAUGAAGUAUCAGACGAUGGUCGAUUUGUUCUACAAACUCAGCCACUUCGCUUUCUAAGGACUGCCGUCGAGGAGCUCAAAGCAACACAUAAAUUGGACGAAAAUCGUGUGAUUGAUUUUAUUUCUGAUAUUGAGUACAGAAGAAUAGCUUCCGGGGCUCACGAAAGCUAUUUGCGCCCCACUGAAGAGGAUGACUGUUUAUACCAAGCAGACUACAAUCACGUGGGUCCGAUAUCCGAUAGAUGUGUCGGUUGUGAUCGCUCUAAAAUCAUCUCGCGACCUCCACGGGACUUUGAUGAUUCGAAGAAACCAGCAGUUCAUUUUGGGCCGAUCGCGUUCCUGAACGACGUGUUGAAAGAUGGCAAGCUACGAGACAAACUGGCUCAAGAUUCAGGAGUAUGUUGUGUAGAGACGGGAGCAGCGAGACACAUGAGUGGCUUUCCAUGUCUAUUCAUUCGUGGCAUCAGCGACUACGCUGAUUCACACAAGAAUCGGUGUUGGCAAGGAUAUGCAGCGGCAGCGGCAACAGCUUAUGCUAAAGAGCUCCUUCUCAAGAUCUCACAUGAUGCGAUUAUAGAUGUGCCUACAGCACGAGAAACUGAGUCAUCACUUGGUGAGAGAAUCUUGAGUUUCAAAUCCCGGUCCUUGUCCUGUUGA